AUGACGGUGCGACCCGCGGACACAGCGUGCCUGAGCACCAGCAGCCGCCGCUAGACCCGGCGCAACUCCCACUCUGCCCCGACAGCCGCCGGAGCGACCAUGUCCCAUCACUGGGGUUACGGCAAGCACAACGGACCGGAGCACUGGCAUAAAGAGUUCCCCAUUGCCAACGGGGAGCGGCAGUCUCCCAUUGACAUCGACACUCACGCGGCCAAGCAUGAUGCUUCGCUGAAGCCUCUGCAGGUGUGUUAUGAGCAACCGAUUUCUCGGAGGAUCAUCAAUAAUGGCCACUCCUUCAACGUGGAGUUUGAUGACUCCAACGACAAAGCAGUGCUGAAAGAUGGGCCUCUUGAAGGCACUUACAGGCUGAUUCAGUUUCACUUUCACUGGGGCUCAGCUGACGGGCAAGGCUCCGAGCACACUGUGAACAAGAAGAAAUACGCUGCAGAGCUUCACUUGGUUCACUGGAACACCAAAUAUGGGGAUUUUGGAAAAGCCGUGCAGCAUCCCGAUGGGCUGGCUGUUUUGGGUAUUUUCUUGAAGAUUGGGAGUGCUAACCCAGGCCUCCAGAGAAUUGUGGACACACUGAGUUCUAUCAAAACAAAGGGUAAGAGCGUUGACUUUGCUAACUUUGAUCCUCGUGGCCUCAUUCCUGGAAGUCUGGACUACUGGACUUACCCAGGCUCACUGACCACCCCUCCUCUUCUGGAAUGUGUGACUUGGAUUGUGCUUAAAGAACCCAUCAGCGUGAGCAGUGAGCAGAUGUUGGGAUUCCGUCACCUCAGCUUCAACAAAGACGGGGAACCUGAAGACCCGAUGGUGGACAACUGGCGCCCAGCUCAGCCGCUCAAGAGCCGGCAAGUCAAGGCUUCCUUCGCUUGAUCGGCUCAGACCCAGAGUCUGAAGGAUGAACUUCCCGAUGUUUCCCUUUAGCUAAGCACAAAUCUACCUUGGUGAUUUGAAACCUGGCUGCGUUGGGCCUGGUGUUUCUGGACUCCCCCAUCUCUCCUGAUGUACUUACUAAUAAAAUGUGAAGAGUCGUACCAAAUGUCACACUUGACAGAAUGGCUGUGACUGGUUGGUGCUUUGCUUAUGGUGUAGGCUUUCUGUAACAGAAACUAUAAUACAAGGAAGAGGAAUAAAAUACCUUUGUUUGUA